AGACUCCUGGGAAACGGGGAAAUAGAACAGCAUGUUGGCUGUCCGGUCCAGGGAGAGUUCGGGUUUUCCUUGACCAAAUUUGGAACUUCCCCUAAGGCCGGAGGCAACCAGAGACCGAGGACGUCACGCAGGAGCAGAGCUAUAAAAGGGAGACCCCGGAGGUCGCGGGCAGAAAAAUAAACAUUUUCCAGGCUGCUCCGGCCAGGAAGGCUCUGCAGAGUUGACAGGGACCUUUCAGCCUAAUAACACAGCAGCCGGGGAUUCAGCGGCCGUUACAGAGCUGUAGGGAGAGGGCGGGGGAAAGACUGACUAGAGAUAACUUUCAGAAAAUUGCUGAAAGAUGCCACAGAACGUUGUCCUUCCGGGACCUGCACCUUGGGGAUUCAGACUGGCAGGCGGAAUAGAUUUUAACCAGCCAUUAAUCAUAUCCAGGAUAACUCCAGGGAGCAAAGCUUCGCAAGCCAAUUUGUGUCCCGGUGAUGUCAUUAUUGCUAUUGAUGGCUUUGGCACAGAGAACAUGACUCACAACGAUGCACAGGAGAGAAUUAAAGCUGCAUCGCACCAGCUCUGCCUGAAAAUUGAAAGGGCAGAAACAAAAUUGUGGUCUCCACAAGUAACUGAAGAUGGCAAGCCCCAUCCAUUCAAAGUAAACUUGGAAGCUGAACCCCAGGAGUUCAAGCCUAUUGGGACAGCUCACAACAGAAAGGCCCAGCCUUUUGUUGCAGCAGCAAACCUUGAUGACAAAAGACAGGUAGUGAGUUCUUCCUAUAACUCUCCCAUUGGGUUGUAUUCAUCUGGAAACAUACAAGACGCUCUUCAUGGACAGCUGCGGGGCCUAAUUCCUAACUCUUCUGGCCACGACCCAGUACCAACUUCAGUACCUAAGUCUGAUGUUUAUAGGAUGCUACAUGAUAACCAGGAAGGAUCCAGUCAACCACGUCAGUCUGGAUCCUUUAAGAUUCUCCAGGAUAUGGUCUCUGAAGAAUCUGAUGGACGGCCAACUGGUACAAGGAGUGUGAGAGCACCAGUAACAAAGCCAUCUGCUGGUGCAGGAAGUGUGCCAAAGAUUCCCUUGUGUGACAAGUGUGGAAAUGGAAUUGUUGGCCCAGUUGUAAAGGCUCGUGAUAAACACCGGCACCCAGAAUGUUUUGUCUGCUCAGACUGCAACCUCAACUUGAAGCAGAAAGGUUACUUCUUUGUGGAGGGCCAAUUAUACUGUGAAACUCAUGCCCGAGCCCGCAUGAGGCCACCAGAGGGAUAUGAAGCAGUCACUGUUUAUCCCAGGGCUUAACUGCUUGGAGACAAACAUACCUGCAUGCACGCAAGCUGUUAUCAGUUUACAGCAGCAAUACAGUCCCUGAAUCUAACAUAGUGGUUUUGAGGGAAGGGGUAGGGUCAAGCAGAAGGAUGAUGUUUCUAGUAUCCUGUAUCUCUGUCUAUGGAUUAUUAUCAUGAUUGCCAGUGUAUUCUGAUGGUGUAUAAAGUUAAUAUAAUAUGCUGUAUCAGAUUAAGGGCCUUUGAAUUUAUUUUGGUUACAGCUGCCUAUAGUGAGAUAUCUAUUUUUCUGUCCAGAUCCUCAAAUUCCGUUUUUACAAGGAAUAUUAAAAAGAAAUGCGCCAAGUACUUAAGGCAGUACUUGAGGCUCAUCGUUCUGCAGAGGACUCAGAUCUCUGAAAACAGGUCCUUUAGUCUUAAGAUAUUAUUAUAGAGUUCACUGUGCUAUGAAUACACUAUGAGCAAUUUUUAUAUCAUCUGUCAGUACUUCUUCUUCUCACUGCUCUCUCUCCCUAUUGGAAAACAGAGCAUCCUGCUGCAGGGGGGGGGGGGGGCAGGGAGGAAUUGCCUGAGAGAGACUUGGCAACAUGGCCUUCCCUUGCUGGAGAACCAGGAAUGAUUAGGCAGUGAGUGAGUGGAGUGAAGUGAAGCUGGACAUGAUUCACUUAUGUGGAUGAGAUGGAGCUGUUUGUCUUAUUAAUAUCAAAUGCAGUGAAGUGCUCUGACUAUAGUGUGUAUGUUGUCACUCUUAGACAUUUAUGCAUUACUUUUAAAAUCACAUUUAUCAUUUAUAUACAAAAUCCACAGUAUUCUGCACACCAUGAGACAUUUCAUUUUUCAUACCUUCUCAGCAGGAUGAGCCUCAAGUACUGCCUUAAGUACUUGGGUCAUUUUCAUUUGAAGAAAAGAUUCUGCCCCCCCCCCUCCCCAGACUGAAAUAUUUUGUUUUGUUACUUUAAGUUUAUUUUUGCUGCCUGUCUUUAUCAUUAUGCUAUCUGAGGAGAUGAAAUAAAUACAUGAAAAUGCUAGGA